UCUUCAGUGAAAGAGGAGGACUCCCCCUAACUUAAGGCAUCAAGAAGCUGGACUGAGCCCAGAAAAAUGGGGUGUUCCAAGCUCUGCCUUUUGCUUCUCCUGGGCACAUACACUCUUGCCCAGCAAGAUGCUGGAAACGACCAAGCUUGUUAUUUGGCCAAACGAUUCAAGAACUUCCGGCGGUUUGUGUACAACUACGAGGCGGAGACCUUUAACGGCGUGAACGGAGGCACGGACAAUAAGAGCGGCCCCAAAGUCUCCUGCAAAGUUGAGGUUGACGUGCCCCAGACCUGUAGCUUCAUCCUGCGGACGACAGAGUGCUCACUGAGUGAGAUUUCUGAAGUGGACGCUGCUGGAAACCCGGUGUAUCGUGCUGCCGCUCGAGCUGAGGCUUUCAAAGCUGCCAUGGCCAAGAACACCCUGAAGAUCACAGUCACAGGAAUGACCAACGUCGAGCUCUACACCGAGGACGACGAGCCCGUCAACAUCCUGAACGUCAAGAGGGGAAUCGUCUCCGCUCUGCUCGUACCAAAGAUGGAGCAGGAGAUGACCGACAUGCCCACCGUGCACGGAGUCUGCCCCUCUCACAUCUUCGUCAACUCGACUCAAGAAGACGUCGUGACUGCAAUGACCGUCACGCGGGAUCUCUCCCAGUGUGACAUGUUCACGGCUCACAGGCAGGAAACCAGUCCACUCGCCCUGAUCUCCGGCAUGAACCUGCCCCUGUCCAAGAUGAUCAGCAGCUCUCAGAUCUGCAGCUACCAGUUUGACGGCCAGAAGAAGCACAUGACCAGUGGAUCCUGCACAGAGAAGCAUCUCUUCCUGCCCCUGUCCCACCAGGGUGAAUAUGGAAUCUCUACUAUGGUGAAACAGACUGUGACUCUGCAGGAGGUCGCCAAGAUCAAUGACAGAGUCUUUGAGCGCAAUGAGGGUAACCUCAGGUUCCUGCCCAUGGAGGUUGCAGAUGAAAAGUCCCCUCUCCAGACCAAGGAUGACGCCAUCGCCACACUGAGGCAGCUUAACACCCUGUCAAAGACAACUCAAGGCGAGGAGCGCGCAAGCCUCUUCCUCAAACUCGUGUCUGAGUUCCGUGGCCUGAAGGCUGACGUCCUGGGACCUGCUGUUGCUGAGAUGAUGUCCGUGUCCAACUCUCUGACACUGCAAGCUCUAGUCCAGUGUGGCACCCCAGAGUGCACCAGCGCCCUUCUGAGCGUCCUCAAGAAAUUUAACAAUGGUGUCGCGCUCGAUGCUACCGUCUACGCCCUGGGGUUGCUGUCCAAUCCCUCCCGCCUCAUGGUCAAGGACAUGCUGGCGAUGGCUCAGCACAAGCAAAGCAAGCCCAUCAUGUAUGCUCUGAGCAUUGCAGUCAAGAAACUGUACAGCGAAGAAGGACUCACCCCUGAGAUCACCGCUGUCUCUGAGUUUGUCACGUCUCUUCUGGGCGCUGACUGUGCCGGGGAGAAAGAUCUGACCUACCUCACCUUGAGGGUUAUUGGCAACAUGGGAAAUGCGUUGGAAGAGGCCGAUGCUGCCAUCAAGGACACCCUGCUGAAGUGCAUGAGACAGCCUGCAACCACUCUGUCUGUGCAGCUGGCAGCUAUUCAGGCCUUCAGACGCAUGACUGUGACAGCUGAGGUUCGCGCUAACCUCCAGAGAGUCUGCCAGUACCCCAAGGGUGCUGUGCAGAAGCGUCUGGCAGCUUAUCUGAUUCUGAUGAGAAAACCCCAGGACAGUGACAUUGAGAUGGUGAAGAAGCUGCUCACACAGGAACAGAACGUGCAGAUCAAGUCCUUCGUGACCUCGCACAUCUAUAACAUCAUUUCAUCCACUGAUCCAGAGAUCCAGAUAAUUGGUAAUAAGAUCAUGGAAGCCCUGGAGGACACAGAUGUCACUACACACAAUGACUUCACCACAAAGUCUCGCAACUACAAGCUGGGCAUGGGAGAUGAGAGUGUGCAGGCUGCAAUGCAGGGCAACGUUAUCUUUGAUUCCUCUAACCGUAUGCCCAAAGAGGUCAUGCUGGAAACCACUCUGAAAGCUUUUGGUUACAACAUGGACAUUUGGGAGGUUGGUAUGGAAGGAAGAGGCCUUGAGCCAACCAUCGACGCUUUGUUUGGAAAGAACGGUUUCUUCCCUGACACCGUGUCCAAGGCUAUUUACUGGGCUGAAGACGUGAUGCCACCAAAGAUGAAAGAGGUUCUGGAGAAAUGGGUUGCUCCUUUAAAAUCACAAGGACAGAAGGUCCCUGAUAACCUUGGAAGGGAAAUUUAUCGCAACUUCAACAAGCUGGUGAAAGAGCUGCAGAGUCAGGAAUCUCCGGAGGCCAUGGCUUACCUGAGGUUCAUGGGAACUGAACUUGGCAACAUCAAGGGCAACGACCUGACGUUUAUGGCUGAAAAACUAGUCGAGAUGGCUCAAAAUACAAUCCAGACAUCGCACGUUUUAAUGUCGACCCUUCCCAUUGCGAUCGUCCACGGACUGAUGUCAGGAACUGACAAGGAGAUCUUUGCCCAUUACAUCUUCAUGGACAACAAAUUCCUGAUGUCAACUGCGUCUGGUUUGCCUCUGGAAUUUGCUAUGUCUGGCACCUUUACACCUGGUGCAAAGGGAGGCAUUGACAUUGUUUCAAACAUGAUGGAGCUGUCGUUCAUGCCCUCAGUUGGAGUCGAGUUUGUGACCAAGAUGGGAGUCCAUGUCCCUGAAUUUGUGGAGUCUGCUGUUGAGUUGCACACCAACAUGUACCAUGAGAGCGCGCUCAAUGCCAAGAUUACCAUGGAACAGAGCCAGGUCAAGCUGUCCAUCCCUGCUCCACAAGGCACCACAAAGUUCUUGCGUAUCAGCAAUAAAGUGAUGAUUGUUGGAGCUGGCCAGGCUACAAAGAUCCCACACAAACAGCAUCACUCAGACUGCAAACCUCUCUUCGCUGGAGUCAAAUACUGCACCAAAACACUCCUUGCUCACCCUGGUGACAGGACUGAUGUUCCUUACUGCCCCCUGAAUGGAGAAACCCUGUUCGCUGUAGACAUCCAGCCAACUAACGAAGUCUCUGAGUACACAGCCACCAUUGCCUAUAAGCUCCUCAGUGAAGGAAAAGAUGGCCGCCAGAAGGUUGAUUCUUUGAAGAUGGCCCUCAGAGCUGAAGGCGCUCAGCCGACUGAGGCUACAGCCACCAUGAGAUACAACAGGAACAGAAAUGUCUUCACCACUCAAGUCGAGAUCCCAGACUUCGAUGUCGAAGCCGGUGUUAAGGUCAGCAUGACAGACAGCAACAACAAAGGCAAAUCCAUUGUCCUCGAGAUCUCCAACAAGAACAUCCCCCAGCUUUCUCUGAUUGGUCGUGCCAAGCUUCAGUCCAUGACUGGUGGCAUGGUGCAGGUUCAACUGUUGGUCCCCUCACUCAAGACUGACGCUGCCAUCACUGCUACAAUGAGCAAAACUAAUGGACUCACCAUGGAGAUCAGAAGUGAUGUAAAGCUUCCAGAAACUUCCUCGACUCAGGCAGUCAUUUUCAAAUAUGGUGAAGAACAGGCUGAGGUUCAGCUGGUAUCCAACGUGAAUGCUGAUACUAAGAUGCUGGUGGCUUUCACUGACGACUUCCAGUUCUCGCUCUGGCAGUUUGUGGAGAAUGUCAUGGACCAGCAGGUUGUCAAGACUGAUAUGAAAAUGCGCCAUAUCAUCAACAAGGGAGUUGAGGCCGGCAAUAUCUGGAUGGAGAAGAUCGCAACUGAUGUUCCCUACGUUCAGACUCUGAGGAACAGUAUGGCCGAUAUGGAAAUGCCCUCAAUGCCUGAAAACCUAUUCAUGAACCUUGAAAGCAAAUUCAAAUACCAGUUCAACAAAGACCGUUUGACUAUCAGUGUCCCUCUGCCUUUGGGAGGCAAAUCAUCUGAGGAGCUGAAGAUUCCUCCAACGGUCACUUCUCCUAAGAUCUCUUUGCCUCAGGUGGGAGUGCAGAUUGCCCCAAGGGAGAUCCAGAUCCCCCCCUUUACCAUUCCAUCUGAAUAUGAACUCAGUCUGCCUCUGAUGGGAAUGGUGGAAGUAACUGCCAAAGUUAACAGCAACUAUUAUAACUGGGAGGCAACAGUCUCUGCUGGUAACAACACGGCGGAGUUUCCUAGCUACCUGGCCAAGUUCAACAUCAUGGCUGAGAGCCCAAUCAAACUUCUGUCCUUCUCAACUGAGGGAGCUACAAAAAUAACUGAUACAGCAGACAAAACCAUGGAAUUAGACAUUAAUGGUUUACUGAACCACAUGUUUGUGAAGACAGGUUUUAAUGUGUUGAAUACCCUCUCAGUCACAGACAGUGUACUGUCAACAGGAAGGUAUAACAUCUAUGCCAUCUCCCCAGUGGAUCUGGACACUUAUCUGACCAUCACUACCCAGGUCAAAAUAGACUCCAACUUGCUUUCUGGAGACAUCAACACAGAUGGAGGUAUUACCAUUGGACCCAUGACUGCUCUCACUAUCUAUCGCCACACCUUCUCUGUUGAGCCAGCCAAGAAAGAAGCAAGAAUGGAGAGUAAACUGAGCAUGACCUCUAAAGUGCUGACGGUUGUGAACGAUUUUAAGGGAUCCUAUGCAGAUGAGGAGCUUCUGAUUGAGUCCAACACCAACAUAAAUGCGAGCCCCAUCAAGCACACCACCAAAAUGAGCCUCAGAUAUAAGGAUGUCAAGCUUACUAUCCUGUCUGACUCUGUGACCAAGGCUGAUGAGAGAAUGCUUCGUAGCCAGAUCGAGAUCUCUUCUUCUGAAGCACAGAUCAGUCUCAGAAUAGAGAAUCAAGCUGGUGAUACAGUGAACCGUGUCUACUCUCUGGUCACUGGGUCCAUUAAACCGUCUAGUUUGGAGGUCAACGCCGAUGCCUCCAUGAACAUCUUUUCAAGUCUUGCCUCGCACAAGGCAACCUUGGUAGUCAACACAAAUGGCCUGACCACCAGUUGUACAACAACUGCCCAGCACAGCCCGAUGACCUUUGAGAAUGUUUUCCAUGGUGGUGUUGACACUUCUGGUGCCACCAUGUCUCUCACCACUAAGGGAGGUAUUAAAGGGAACAAAGCAGAGCUUACGGCUGAAGGAAAGAUUGUAAGAACAGAAGUCUCUUUCAAUGGUAUCUUUAAGGGAAACCUCUUUGACGUCAACACCAGGAACAUAGUAAACCUUAAAGUCAAUGAAGAUGGCCUGAAUCUUUCCAACAACAUGGUUGGGUCUUUCAAUGAAAUUAGGACUGAGCAUUCCCACACCCUGUCUCUUUCCCUGAGAUCCUUCACUCUUCACUCCAAGACAGAAAAUGUCCUUGACAUGAGAAACUCCUACAUGCACGACAUCACAGUUAACAUGAUGCCUUACACUGCCUCAGUAAUUGUAAAAAAUGACCUUAAGAUAAUGGAAAUUAACUUUGGGAAUGACGCCCAGUUCAAGGCAGAGCCAUACACGUUGGAGCUGACAGGAACAAUGAAGGGAGUUUUCUCAGAGGAAGAGCUCAAGCAUACUUAUGAAAUGAAGUUUGUGGACAUGGUCCUGUCUGCAAAGUGCAAUACAAAUGGCAAACUCUUGGGGUCUCACGUGGCACAUUCUGCUGACAUGGAGAUUGCUGGACUGACCAUGAAGUUCAACGACGUGGCAAACUUCAACUCACCAUCUCUUCGCCUGGACAGCACAGUCAAAACUGUCGCUGCGCCAUUCACUCUGACCGUUGAUGCCAUUUUCAACUCUGACGGUGGGGUGUACCUGUAUGGACAGCAGAGUGGUGAGAUGUACAGCAAAUUCCUCCUGAAAGCCGAGCCCCUUCUGUUCACACAUUCCCUUGAAUACAGGGCUUCAACCACCCAUGAGCUGGAAGGCAGUCCCGCUAUCAAGACCAACAUGGAGAACAAGUUCAACAGCUUGCUUAGUUUAGAAGAGCAAAGUGUCACACUAAAGAUGAAAUGUAAAGUCAAUGACCACACUUUAGAUGAAGAAAUUAAAGCAUACAACAACAAAGAGAGAAUAGGUAUUGAGAUGGAGGGAGUAAUAUCAAGCCCCGUCAUCAAUGAGUUCAAUACAGAUUACUCUAUCUCUGGAUUUGUGAAAUAUGUCAAGAACAGCGACAGCCAUUUUAUCCAGAUCCCAUUUGUUGAGCACCUGCCUGCAGUCAUUGAAAAUGUUAAGACCACAAUGAUGAAGCUGAUGGACCAGAGUAUUGAGAUGCUGAAAGACAUGGACAGCAAGUUCGAGAUCAGUGUCAAGUUGCAGAACAAAGUGUCAGAACUUAAGGAGGCCAUUGACAACUUCGACUUAAGCCGCCUCAUCCGAAACCUGAGGAAGAAUCUCACCAAAUUGGAAAAUGUGCUGCUAAUAAAUUUCCCAGGUGACAAAAUCAUGAAUGCUCUGAAAUCCACCAAGGACACUGUUAUGGCUUUUAUCAAGAAACAUAACAUUGCAACCAAGUUCAGUGUAAUGUAUGCCAAAAUAGAAAAGAUCCUCUCUAGCUAUGAAGUUGAGAAGAUGAUUGAGGCCAUCAUGGAUGAGAUAGUUAAAAUUAUGAAGCAAUAUCAGGUAAGGGAAAAGAUUCAGUCUGUAUUUGUUGCUCUCAGAUCAAUUGAAUUCCAGCCUUUGCUCAACAAAGCUCUGGCUCCUGCUCAGGUGCUUGUGAAUGAACUCCACUCAUUUGACUUCAAACAACUGAUGGAAGACAUCAGUGAUUAUUUUACGGAAAUUGUCCAGAAAAUCAAAUCAUUCGAUUAUGACACAUUCACUGUGGAGCUAAAAGAGAAGGCAGCAGACAUGUCCAGAAUUCCCUGUUUUGGAAAACUCAAUGGAGAAUUCAGGUUUACAUCACCUCAUUACAAAUUCAAAACCACUGCUGACCUGGAUAACAUCACAGCUACAUCAGACACACCAGAAUUCAAAAUUAAUCUUAACUCACAGGCAAAAUCUACUCUGGCAAUCCUUGACUUCACUGCGGAUGCCAGUGCGCAUUUUGCAGCACCCAAGAUGAACCGUCUGACCAUGUCUGAGAACAUUGAUGUUGACUCAUCAUGUUUUACUCUUGACCACGAGGGCACAGUGACCUUGUAUGGUCUGUCAGCACAGGCUUCUGGAGAAACUAAAGCAAAAGUCACAACUGAGCUCUAUACUGCAGACCUAGUCAACAAAGCAAAUCUUGCCAUGGAAAACGGAGUUUCGGCCACUGCAGACACCAGCUACAAACAUGCCUUCAAUUUUCCACCAGGUCACAUUUUCGCCGAGGCACUCAUAAAUCAGAAGACAGUUUUCCAACUUGAGGAUGGCACUGCACGUCUGACCUUUAAGAAUCUUGCCAGUGAAAAAUCUGCAGUUCAGGACCUGUCAAAUGAGGUAACCCAUAAGAGUGACAUGGAAGUGGUCACGGACCUUUACACGGCCAAAGCAACCUUCACUGGGGAAACAGGAUGCAGCCAUUUGAAAAUGAACCAUAAUGUGGUGGCUGAUAUGAGCAUCUUCCGCCAUGUCAUUGUUGAUGUCAAGGUUGAGACAGAGGCACCCUUCAUGAAAAGCAGCGUUGUGGAGGCCAAGUUCCAGGCUAAGGUUGAAGACAUGAAAAUUGAUUUCACUGCCUCUCAUAAUGCUCUGCUGGUUGGCCAGGUUGAGGGAACUCUCUCAAGCUCUGCUCUCGCUUCGAUCACACCUAAUGAGCUUAUAUUUGACACCAAGAAUAAGGGAAAUGCCAAGAUUACGCUUCCAUUCAAGCUGUCCGGAAAGGUGGAUCUCCAGAAUGACAUCGCUCUUACUCUCAACUCUGACACGCAGCAAGCUAGCUGGACAGGCCUGGCGAGAUUCAACCAGUACAAAUACUCCCAUCUCUUCACUAUGGACAACAAUGAUGAAGAAAUUCAAAUAUCUUCCCAGAUUAAUGGAGAAGCAAAUCUUGAUGUUUUGAAGGAACGAAUCACAAUCCCUGAAAUAACAGUGCCAUUUGUUGGGUUCAGGACAAGAAGAGUGGAAUCCUUCUCACUGUGGGAAGAUACUCGCCUCGGCAUCUUGCUAUUUACAACUCAGCAGACAUUAGACAUGAACUCCAAGAUGAAGUACAAGAAGAACCCUAACGUGAUUACCAUUGACAUGAAUUUGGAGCCAAUCAUCAGUGCCAUCAAUACAAAUGUCAAGGCUCUGCAUAAGAAAGUGCUUAUCAGCAAGGAUAAGGCUGCUGCCACCUUCGCUACGUCUUUCAACAAGGCAAAGGCAGAGUAUGAGAAAUAUAGCAUUGAUUUCCCCAAAACCAUUACAGUGCCUGCCUACAAAGUUCCAGUGAUGAAUGUCGAGAUGUCUACAUUUACGAUUCCCCUGCCUGAUGCCAGUCUCAUGAAAAUGCCUACUCUGCAUAUUCCAUCUGCCCUGAGCAAGCUGACUCUUCCAAAGAUCACUCUGCCCAAAAUUCAGAGCAUCAAGAUCCCAGUGAUGGGUGAUCUGACCUAUGAGCUUACCAUGAAAACAGCAAUUGUCACAGUAAAAACUGAUGCCAGCAUCCUCAACAAGGACAGUAUCGUAAUGAAGCUUGAUGUCUCGUCAUCCUCUGUGGAAGAUCUUCUGACUGGAAAGAUUCAAGGCAAUGUCAACGUGGACACGGCAGCUGGAUUCAAAAUGGGCUCUACGCUCUCUGUUAGACAUCUGCUUGUAGAGGGAAACCAUGACAGCAACAUUAUCCUAAGUUAUGACAAUUUGGAAACCUCCAUCACCAAUUCAUUUAAGGUGAAACCCCUGCGGGCAAUGGAAAUCCACCAAGUGAUCACUGGAAAUUCCGAGGAAGGCCUGGUUGUAUCCAUGUCCAUUCCAGUUGCAGGAUAUAUUGCAGGUCAGGUGCAGAUGAGGCGCCCAGCACAAAUCCAAGCCAAACUCUAUGGUCGCUACCCGUCUGAACCAACAACAGACGUUGAUAUCUUGGGUCUAAAAAUGUCUCUGAUGAGCUCAGAGAGGCCGAUCAUUCAGACAACCUGCAACAUGGAGAUGCCAAAUGAGGUGAUGACAGAAAUUAGGAGACAGGUGCCCAAUGCCAUCGAGCUCGUGUCUGCUGGCGCUUACGUAACAUCUGAAGAAAUGUUGAGGCUCAAGAAGUCUGUUGUAUCGGCUGGACAGAAGUGCAAAUGGGUGGUCAAGAGGACCAUUGAAAAGCUUUCAAACGAAAAUCUUUCUGACAUCAUGACAGCUGUUAUUGAUAACACCAUUUUGAUCCUACAAGAGUACAAAAAGAGAGUUGAAAUAGCCCUUGAUGCUAUUUUUAAAUUCCUCAGAGACACCAAGUUCCAGAUCCCUUGGUUUACAGAGAGAUUGUCUGGGUUUGAGAUCUACCAGGAAUUGAGUGAGCUUGUCUCAGAUGUAGUGGAGGAAGUUCUUGAGAUUCCAAGUGAAAUCUAUGACUUCUUUUCUACAGUCUUUCACUCUUUACGAGAUAUUGAAUUCAAACGUCCUGGCGCAAACUACAUGAUCACUGUAGGAGAUGUUUUUGAUAGUUUGGAUGAUGCUGUGAGGCCAUACCAGGAUAGUCUGAUUGUCUUUGUGAGGAAAUUGGGAAACAUCAAAUUGGAAGACAUCAUGAACACAUUUUCAGAAUUCAUGCAGACAAUGUAUGAAGUCAGUGAGGGAUUUCUCCAAACCCUAAAAUCUAUGAGUGUAGAGAAGGUCUUUGCCUUUGUUACUGGUGUGUAUGAUGAUUUCAUCAACUCUCCUUUUGUGUCUAGUAUAAUCAUGUGGAUAAUGGAGAAGUACGAGAUGUUUCAAAAUGCUAUCCGUCCGUGAGGAGUUAAAAUCCCCAUUACUUUGCCCGACAUAACUGUAGUGAACAGCUUCAAGUUUCAAAAUACAAAAAGACAUUUCUUUUCCAUUUGUUACCAAAUUCAGUCCACUGUGGCAAAGAUGUAUACAGUGUUUGUAUUAACUGUAUCUGAUGUGUAACUAUCAAGAUAUCAGUAAAUCUGUUUUAUGUACCCAAGAUUCUUGUCUCUCUACUUUUUUUCCCCCAAAUAUCAAGGUUGUUGCAAUCUUUUGUGCUUUCUCUGUGUUGUACUAUUUAAAAUGCAUCAUGUGGGCUUUAAUAAAGAAUUCUUACAAGUAA